AUGAAUAAGACGAGGCCAACUCGGCCAUUGACCAACUUACGACACGCAGCAGAGAUCAGAGGUGUCUCUAACUGCCCAUAUUAUGCCAAAGUGGAACUUUUGGCAGAUGAAUUGACCGCCAAACUCCCGGACUUUAGAGUGCACAAGAUUGUCAAAAAUCCAGAAGACUGGCAGAACUGGAUUCAAGAAGAGACGUUAAAAAAUAAAUGGACCACAGUAAAGGCUUCUCCCGUCGUCUGGAGGGAAUUGGUCGACCGAGGAGGGCCAAAAACUUUGUUGGGAGGAGCCAACGAAUUCUUAGAAUAUGCAAUGGCCUAUUUCAAUGCUGAGUCUCUUCUUAACACGGAUGUUCUGAUGGAAAUCGCCAAAGACAAUGUCUACUUCGAAAAAGGCAGAAGGCAAAAAGAAGCAAUUAUGAAGAGUUUAGAACCGAUGCAUAAAAAAGUGGCAGUUUUUGGAAUUGAUUGUGAAAGCGCUUACCACUUCCUUAGCAAGCUAGCGAUUGAAAAUGUGUUUCCCAACAAUGAACCGAUUGAAUUAAGCAUAUAUUCCGACAACUUUAGUAUGGAGAUGCAGAAUUGUUUAAAUAUGGAGUUAUUAGACAUGGCCUCAGUGCACCUGCGACAUUUCGAAUUUGUAAAAAGCCUAGAAGAAUGUGUGGCUGCCGCCGAACUUAUUAUUAUGUUUGAUGUGAUACCAAGAGAAACGGUUAUCAAAACAGUGCGAAAACGUACAACCAUUCUGUUUGAGGAGCGUUCUGACUGGCUGCAGAGACGUUACCUCUUCCUUGUUCAACUCAGUGAGGCAAUUAGAGCUCAAUGCAAUCCCACAAUAAAGGUUCUCAUUACUGGUAAUCCUCACUUUUACCAAAUAGCCGAAGGUGCCUAUACACCAAUCAACUUUGAUGUGACGGUGCUUGCUGGCUUGCUCGAGAAUUUUAUGGAACCGCGAAAUGUGUUCGGCCUGUCCAAGCCUCUUGAGCGCAUUUUCACUACCGCCUUAGCUCGCCAGUUAAAAGUGCGCUCGGCAGAUGUGAGUAACGUGGUUGUUUGGGGAAACGCCGGAGGUCGUAUGGAAGUGGACACAAGCAGAUCGCAAGUUUACCGAAAACGUGAUCGAGAAACCAGCGUUUGUGGGCCCGAUUGGUUUCAUCUCUCAGCAGACAGUAUGCCGUGCAAAAGUUCUGCACUGCGAACCGACAUAGUCUAUAAGGAUAUGAAGCCAGGCGGGAUACGCAGCACAAUGAAGUCACUCAUUCUACAUAGCGAAUGCAUCAUUUCUUUGCUAAGUGAACUUUUCAGAGGGCCCACAUUAACAGAGCAACAUUUCACCAGUUUGGUGACAGUAUCCAAUGGUGGGUCUAGCUCGAGAGGAGAAUACAGCGUGCCAGAAGGACUGGCCUUCUCCUUUCCUGUGGUUUUAACGCCAGCUAGUUGCUGGGCCGUCGUGAAAGAUUUUUCCGUUGAUGAAGAUCUCAAUGCAAGACUUAAAAAUUGUGCAAAGGAGAUCUUGAAGGAUCUACGGGUUUUGGAUAUACCGAAAUGGCAACGGUGUCGACUUUUUGCCGAUGGUGAGUAUUAA